AUGUACGUAGAGUUCAUGCAAAAGUACAAGGAACUGCGACAUAUGAUGCUUGCACCAGCGCCAGCUGAGCCACAACGAGGUACCUGUUACCUGCCGCAUCACGGGGUCCUGCGUCCGGACAGCACUUCCACUAAGCUGAGGGUCGUGUUCAACGGCUCGAGCUCCUUGCCGAACGGGGACUCUCUCAACCAAUUUCUUCUGACUGGACCGAAUCUGCUUCCUGCGCUGGCUGACAUCCUGCUGCGUUGGCGACGCCACAGAUACGUCUUCGCUGCCGAUAUCGAAAAGAUGUAUCGGCAGAUCCUAGUGCAUCCGGACGAUCGAAGCCUGCAGCGAAUCCUGUGGAGAGACGACUCUAAGAACGACGUCCAGGAGUUCUGGCUAUGCACGGUCACUUACGGGCUCUCAUGCGCCCCGUAUCUGGCCAUCCGUACCUUACGCCAACUCGCCGAGGACGAAGAGCAUCGCUUUCCGAAAGGCGCCGACAUCCUGCGGAGCGAUGUCUACAUGGAUGACAUCCUGUCCGGUGCCAAGAAUCAAGAGGAAGCAGAAUCUAUGGUGAGGCAGCUGACAAAUAUAUGCACGGCGGGCGGGUUCACACUAAAAAAGUGGUCUACAAACGCCUCCUACCUGCUGAGCCUCGUGGAACCGGACGCGCGCCUGCAACAAGAGGCCAGAUGGUGGCUGCCCGGCGAGAGUCAUUCCACUCUCGGCCUUCGAUGGCAACCGUGCGACGACCGCUUCGCCUUCGCCACCCACCGGAUCACUCUCUCAGCGGUCACCAAAAGGUCGGUCCUUUCUUUGACGGCCAAAUUAUUCGAUCCACUCGGCUGGCUGUCUCCAACGACUGUGCUGGCCAAAAUCAACAUCCAGGCUACCUGGCUACUAGGUCUCGACUGGGACGCGUCUCUGCCAAGCGAGGAAGCCAGAAAAUGGCUGCGAUUCCAGGAGGAGCUAGCGGCAUUGGAGAAACUAGUCGUGCCUCGUUGGUUAGGAGCCCUAGCUGACUCCCAUCAAGAGGUUCACGGAUUUGCCGAUGCCUCCGAACAAAAGGCGCCUCUCCAUCUGUGGUCGGAUUCCACCGUGACUCUCGGCUGGAUCCGGGGCCACCCUUCGUCCUGGGUCACUUACGUCGCUAAUCGGGUGAGUGAGAUCCAGACGCUGACUCCGGACGCCCACUGGCACCACGUCCCCGGCCGAGAGAAUCCCGCGGACUGCGCGUCACGAGGACUCUACCCCAGCGAGCUUGUGGACCAUUCACUAUGGUGGCAAGGUCCGUCGUGGCUGUCCUCCGAGAGCCAACCGUGGACGAUCAACUGCGAGGAGCCACCAGAGGAUGACCUCCCAGAGAGGCGCGUCCGCGCCCACGUCGCCGCCAUCGCCGAACAAAGGACUGAGCCGGAGAUGCUUCUUCGAUACUCGUCGCUACAACGCCUGCUCCGGAUCACUGCGUGGUGCCGUCGCUGGCUGCGGAUCCAUCGUCAGGACCACCUCGCGCAUGGCCAGCCCGGCUUGAACAGCGCCGACGAGAUCGAGGACUCCCGGAUCUCCUGGUUAAAAAUCAUCCAGGCUGAAACAUACAAAGAAGAACUGAGACACCUGAAGAAUGGAAAGCCUCUGCCGACUCGAAGCUCCCUACUGAAGCUAAGUCCUUUUCUGGACAGUGAGGGACUCCUACGCGUCGGCGGGCGCCUUAAACACGCUGCACUGCAGUAUGAUGCCACGCAUCCAACCAUACUACCAAGCAGAUCUAAUUUUACUUGCCUCAUCAUCGACGACUACCACAAGCGGACGCUGCACGGCGGCACCCAGUUGACCUUGUGCUCUCUUCGCCAGGAGUAUUGGGUCCCUCGAGGUCGCGCUCUAGUGAAGAGCCGCAUCAGCCGGUGUCUAAGGUGCACCAGAUGGCGGGCUGCCAUCCCUCAGCCACUGAUGGGGGACCUCCCGGCACCACGAGUUACUCCAGGCCGGCCGUUUCUGCAUACCGGCGUAGACUACGCCGGACCGAUUUGGAUGCGAACAGCAGGGGGCCGCGGACUCAAGGCGACAAAAGGUUUUAUUGUUGUCUUUAUUUGUUUAGCUUCCCGAGCAGUCCACCUCGACGCGGCCUCGGACUACACCGCUGACGCCUUCCUUGCCGCCUUGCGUCGGUUCGUCGCCAGGCGAGGAGUCUGCCACUCGCUAUAUAGCGACUGCGGCACCAACUUCGUGGGUGCCGAUAAGCAGCUUAGGCAACUAUUCUCCGCCGCCAGUGCCGACGGACAUCGCAUCGCAACCUUCGCCGCCCAGGAAAGAAUCCGGUGGCGGUUCAACCCGCCAGCUGCACCUAACUUCGGCGGUUUAUGGGAAGCUGCCGUGAAAGCGAUGAAGCACCACCUUCGGCGAGUCAUCGGUGACGCCACCCUCACCUACGAGGAGAUGACUACUCUCCUAGCCCAAAUUGAGGCCUGCCUCAAUUCCAGACCGCUGCAGCCGUUGUCUGACGAUCCGGAGGAUGUAGCCGCACUCACACCUGGUCACUUCCUGGUCGGCUCCGCUCUCUCGGCGAUCCCCGAACCGUCGCUCGAACGAGAGCCGUCGGCACGUCUCUCACGGUGGCAGCUCCUGCAAAACAUGAAGGACCAUUUCUGGUCUCGGGCGAUUCACCUCGAAUUAGUGGAAGAUUACUCCACGCCCGGCUUUCUUGCAGCCUAUCAGAAGUUCGCUAGCCGAAGAGGUCUGCCGCGUCACAUGUAUAGCGACAACGGCACAAAUUUUCAUGGAGCCAACCACGAACUUCAUCGACACUUUCAAUCCUUAUGGAAGGAUGCUGAAUUGCGAAACGCACUCGCAGGCGACGGAGUGAACUGGCAUUUCAUUCCCUCCGCCGCUCCACAUUUCGGCGGCCUUUGGGAGGCCGGAGUCAAGAGCCUUAAAACGCAUCUGAGGCGCGCUGUUGGUUCCCACACACUUUCGAGGGCUGAACUCGCGACGCUUCUAUGUAAAAUAGAAGCGUGCCUUAACUCGCGACCAAUCGCUCCGCUUAGGGACGACCCGGGUGACUUGUCGGCGCUUACCCCGGGUCACUUUCUGAUUGGACGGCCCCUCGUAGCCGUUCCGGAGGAAUCGGUACUCGCGAUCGACCCGCGUAGGCUCUCGCGAUGGCAACUAGUCCGUGCCAUGCAGGAAACCGUGUGGCGUGCCUGGUCACAGGAUUAUUUACAUUCGCUUCAACAGCGAAACAGGUGGUGCAAGCAGUCUCCUAACUUCGCAAUAAGCGAAUUAGUAUUAGUUAAAAGUCCCGUGUUCCCUCCGAGCAAAUGGGAGCUUGCCCGAGUACAGCAAAUCCAUCCCGGAUCUGAUGGACUCGUUCGAGUUGUGACCAUACGCACCGCACGGUCCACAUUGAAACGACCUAUUGCGCAAUUAUGCCGACUGCCAAUACGUGAUAACUCUAACGCGUCCGCAACGGAUGAAGCCGCUAACUUGUAA